AUGGUGCUGCUGAAGGUUAAGUUCACCCAGCAGCGGCGGGUGCGUCUGGCCCAGGGCCUGUGGCUGCUCUCCUGGAUGGCGGUGAUGUGGGGGGCCAUCAUCUUCUGUCUGGGGGUUUACCUUAAGACAGAGCUGCUCCGUAGGGCUGAGGUGAUGGACAACACAGAGAUCCACGUGGUGCCCAACAUCCUGAUGAUGGUGGGCCUGGCCUCCAUCGGCACCAACUGGGUUGCCACCCGUGUGUGUCAAGACUCCCUGGACCCAGCCCGCUUCCCACGCUGGAAAGUUUUCCUGCUGGCUUGGUUUGCUGCAGCUGCAGUGAUCUGUUGUCUGCUCAUCAUUGUGGUGGUGCUCAGCUACGCCCUGCAGGGACGCCUGGAGGAGUCACUAAAGGUGGGCCUCAGGAACGGUAUCCGUUUCUACAAGGACACAGACGUGCCGGGCCGCUGUUUCCAGAAAGAGACCAUUGAUCGUCUGCAGAUGGAGUUUCGCUGUUGUGGAAACAACAACUUCAAGGACUGGUUUGAAGUUCAGUGGAUCAGCAACAGAUACCUGGACUUCACCUCCAAGGAGGUCAAGGAUCGUAUCCGGAGUAAUGUGGACGGCCGUUACCUGUUGGAUGGCGUUCCUUUCAGCUGCUGUAACCCUGCCUCCCCUCGCCCCUGCCUGCGGUACCACCUGACAGACAACAACGCCCAUUACAACUAUGAGUACCAAUCAGAGGAACUCAACCUGUACAGCCGUGGCUGCAGGCAGGCUCUGACUGACUACUACAUGGAGCUGAUGAACUCAACUGGUCCUGGUGUGCUGUCAGUCAUCCUAAUACAGCUGUCAGUGCUCCUGAGCCUGCGGUACCUGCAGACGGCCGUGGAAUCAGCCAUGGCUCUGGAGGACCCAGAGGGCGAGAGUGAGGGUUACAUCCUGGAGAAGGGUGUGAAGGAAACAUUCGAGGAUGUCAAAGCCAAAGCCCUCGCCAUGCUUAAGGCCGUACAGGUUGACCCCGGCACCACCGAAGGCACCGCUGAGGCUGCAGACACAGAGAAAGCCGCGACCCCUACUCCUGCCAGUUAG